AUGGUGAAGGCUGCUCGCCCUGCGCCGACGUUUCGUGACAUCCGCGCGUGCAUCCGCGUGGCGCCGAUGAAGGAGGUGGUGCGCGCGCCGCCGAGGCGCUGCCGCCGAGCCAAGACGUCCAGCUCUGGAAGCUCGAAAGCUAGCAGCCCCAGCUCCAGUGGGCACCGCCGCCCAGCCCCUGGGGACUCACCAGGCGCAGCAUGGGUGCAGGCAGGGUUCGAUCAGAUGUUCGAGCAGGACGGCCUCGGGGGAGGCCCAGUCGAUCUGCCCAGCGAGGCGAGGGCAAGCGAGGCAGAGGAGGCACAUGAGGCAAAGGCGGCAGGGGGGGCUAAGGAGGCAGAGGUGGCAAAGAAGGCAAGGGGGGCAGAGGAGGCAGAGGAGGCAGAGGAUGCAGAGGAGGCAGAGGUUGCAGAGGGGGCGAUCGACGUCAGCUACGAGCGCCCAAGAGACGCAGUGGACCCAGACUCCGGUGACGAGCCCUUGGCGAAAGCGCUGAGCAUGGAGUCGCUGAAGGAGGAGCAGGACAGGUUACUGCGCGAGAUACGGGCCUCGGUAGCCUCGCCGUCGUCGGUGUCCGCGCCCAUCGGGGGUCACCGCUCGAUGGGCAGCGUCGCUUCUCAUCGCGAGCCGAUCGGGAAGGCCAGCCUGCUGUUCUCGAACCCCCAUCCCGAGAGCAAGGAGGAACUCAUCCAGGCCAUCGACAAUGAGAUUGGGGCCAUCAAUGACGAGCUGCAGAGCCAUACCAACCCAGACGAGCGCACCAUGGAACAUUUGAACGUGAGGCUGAGCCAAGUCUUCCAAGCAGGGCUCGUGCAGAAGUUGGCGGCGCUGAAGAAGGCCGACCCGAACUUCGACUGCAAUGACAUGCAGCGUUCGAACGAUUCGGACGGCCUCAGUGCUAAGGACAAGCAGGAGAAGAGUUCCUACGGGGAGAUGGAGAAACAUAACUACAUGUUCAGCACAGGGACCAAGGCAGGGAACGCCGCGUCGGGGCGUUGGAGGCGCGCCCUGGACGCGUCGGAAGAACUGAGGAAGCAGUGCGCGAAGGAGAAGGGCUGGAUGCACCAGCGAAGGUUCAGGCGAGAUUGGCUGAUGGGCAAUCACGCGGAGUGGAAGGAGUCCGUGAAGCACAUCCUCGUGGAAUCGAACGAGAAAGAGGACACUAAUAAAUGUGGCGGUACCUCUGGCCUCCGCCUGGCGCUGAAGCACGCGUCGAACGCGAUGCUGCUCGGUGGGAUCUGGACCCGCUGGGACGACAUGGCGGGGGCUGUGGAGUACCUGAACAUCCGCCAUCAGCUCAUCGAGUCAUUCAAGAAGCAGUGGAUUAAACACAAGGAGUGGGUGUGCCCAAGCUCGGCGACCGUCGAGGAGGCAGACGCUCGCGCGGCGCGAGAUGAGGGAGGCGGCGGCGACGAGGUAGGGAGGGCGCCUGCCAAGGGCGAAAAGGGCGAGCAUAAGGACACGACAGACAAGAAAGACAAGUCGGACAAAAAGGAUAAGAAGGAUAAGCAAGAAACAUACAAGAAGGAGACAACAGAAACGGAGGCCACUGAGGAGGAGGGUAGGAAGCGCAAGAAGGAUGGCGAGGAUGUGAGGGCCGAUGGAAAGAAGGACAGCUAUGAUUGGUGCAUGGCGCAGCACGCCAAGCUCGACGGGUUCCUCAAGCUCGAUGCGGGAUGGAAGGGCGUGGAGAGGAUGCGUGAGAGCAUGGGCGAUGCCAUGAAAGAGGCGACGCGGGGCGGGGUGACCGACAAGUGCCAUGAGCACAACCUCUCGUUGCUGAUGACGAUCGAGGCCUCGAAAUAUAAGAAGCAGGUGCGCGCCAAGGCAUGCGACGCCGAGAUCCAGCUGGCGAGCGGCGCGCUGACCGCGUGCGUGCAGACCCUGUCGUCCGAGAUUCGUAUCCUGAUGAACCAGGAGAUGGCGAGGGAUGAUGAGAGGGGGAGGCUGCAGCAGGAGGGGCAGGCAAAGAAGGACAAGGAGAGCGGCGCCAGCGCGAAGAAGAAGAAGGAAGAGGCGAAGAAGGCACAGGGGGGCAGGAAGAAGGCGGCCAAGAAGGAGUCUGACUUUGAUUAG